AUGGUUGUGCUCCACGUGAAGGGAGAGGCGGAGGAGAAGCAGUUCCUCUACGAGUGCUCUGCGGGAUCGCCGAUGGAGGAUGUCUUGACGGCCGUCGUGCUCAUUCACAAUCUCCAGUCCAAAAUCCUUCACCUCUCGGUGCGGCUCCGGGAGCUAUUCUUCGAAGGCUCCCCCCUGGGUACAUCCUAGAAUUGAUUGUGUUCUUCGUUGAUCCUCUCCCCCCCAACCUCCCCAGUGAAUGCACGAUCGCCUAUCUUGUUACCAACUCUCGGUUCUUGAAAGACCGAUCGGUUCCGGUGCUCGUACUUUUUGCGUGGGAUCUCCGUCUCUUCGUCUAGAAGAAUCUGGAUUGAAUUCAUACUUUUUCCGGUGUUUCUUUUAGAGUGUUAUGUCUUCGGAGAUGAAAUACGGCGAGGUGAAGCUCGGAAACUGACGGAGUUCGUGAGGUUUUAGUGGUGUCUGAACGUGAGAUCUCCUGGGUUUUGCUGGAGGUGCCUUUGUUUUUUUGUAAGGAAUCGUCAUUGUGAUAAGGAACACACAAUUUCCAUCAGAAAAUAAGUAGAGCGUGGGAUAACUGAGUUACGGAUCGUUGGCGAUCGCCACAUUCCCGCUGCAGAGAUUCAUGAUGUUACCCUUGGGGAGGGUGACUUAUGCCCUUUGGUUCAUAUGCCAACCAGAGAAACUCCAAGAACCGCAUGACUUGAUGGCCUGAAAUCGUGUGCUGAUUCUUUUUCUGCAUUACUUGAUGAUCUUAUGUACCUUUUUGUAGGCUAUAUCUUUAAAUACCCAAUGACACUGCUGCUAGGGGUAGAAUGGAACCAAUACUGAGUAUGCUUUUUCUCUUCUCACGCCAGAAACUUGGACGGAUUCGACAAUUUCUCUGUAUAGAUCGGCAUCAGAAGCUGAGACUUAUGCUUCCAAGGUUGCAGAACUCGCCGAUUCUUCGCCCAUAAUUUUUAUUUAAAUUCUAAGAAUAGUUUUGUCUUCGUUGCCUUGCUUUCCCAUAGAGAACUUGUAAAUGUUUUUUCUGUCCUUACUGUCAAUAUUGUAGAUGCGUAUUCUAAACUCGAUUUGAUUUCAGGAUCAAGUUCUGCAUAAAAGGCCCUUGUUGCCUCAUAUUCUUAGAGACCAUGUCCAAAGUUUAGAAAAGGAGAUUAUAGUUUCACCCCUGAUGGAAUCCUCAGAAGUCAAAUUGGCUCAGCUCCUCUCUGGUAGGCACAGUAGACAGCCACUGAUUUAUAGCUUCAGUUUCAGCUUCAUCUUCUUGGAAAAUGAAAGGCACUAUUGGCUUGCAGUCGUCUCUUUAUUUAGUGUGUGCUAAUAUACGUGUAGGAAAAAAAAUGGAAUUUUCACAGAAAAUUAAUGUUUUUUUUUCCUUUUUUUACUACUAACACGAACCAUGAUUCUAACAUAGGUAAAUAAUGAGAAUGAUACUCUUGACAACUUGCGACACACCAGUCGCUGUGGUAGGGCCGAGGAUCAAUCCUAGCCUAUGGUGCCGAGGUUCAUAAGUUUCCAUGCAUGCGUUUUUAACUGAGUCUGUUUAUGCUCUAAGCUUUCAUAAGAUUGUAGCUGCAGUGCAUGCUCCCGCUAGCCUAGUUAUGAACGAGUAUUGUUUAUGCUGCAAUGCUUGCAAUUCACACUGUUCGAGUCAAGCUCAUUCUGAGAAAGCUGCUAAAAAUAGUCCAGUACGGGUUUAACCCAGCUUUAAUUUAAAUGUACCGUUGUUGGUCCGGGCGUUUCUCUGAUUCAAGAGGCUAGAUUCAGGCUGAUUCUGGAUAUCCCUAAUUGCUUUUGAAGGUGGUGUAGCUACGUGUGUUGCUGAAAAAUAUUAGAUUCUCUAUGCUGACAUCAAACUUAUGGGCUGGAUGAAAACAACCAAACCUGGCUCGAGCUCGAGCUGAGGCCGUCGGAGCUUCUUCCUUCCUCACAGAUUUCUAGCCUAAAACAUUUUCUUUCUUUCUGACCCAUCACUUUGGCUGAACUGGGCUACAGAUUGACAAUGGCGCGUCCACAUCUUGUCUCCUGCUGGGCUUGGGCAUUUUUGCUAGGAAGAACGAGAACAAUUAGAGUAUGAUAUUAUGUGAGACAAUUUUUCUCAGUCUUUGGAGUGGGAGGAAAUACAAUCCAACUUUUCUUUCAUCUCUGGUCAUUCAUGUCCCAAAAAACUCGAUCAGAUGAAGAUUGUUUUUUAGGAAAUGUUUUAUCAUGCAUUUCUGCAUGUCACCAACCCGAGCAACUGCAGUCAGCUGGAGAGAACUUGCUCAUCCACUGCUUAUAGUUAUUCCUAAAUUAGCUCAAGUUGCACAUCUAUUCUUACACACGAGAAAAGCAUACUUUAUUGAUUAUCUCCUAAUUAACGUUCUCAUGACAUUUGCAAUGUCUAGAUUUCGUCCCUCUGAAUGGGGAAAUGGCGCAGCUUUGGGUGGCUGGGAAAGAACUUCUAAGGGGGAAGCAAUUAUGUGAUUACAUUGGCAAAAAUGAGAAAACAAAGGUUACUUUAUUCUUAACUGUUCGCUGCUUUACUUUAACUAGAUCUGGUUUACUCUUGGCUGAUGGGUCUCAUUUCCCCUUCUUAUUUACUGAUGGCAGAUAACAGUUAGACUGCAGUCUGCAAGCUCUGACGCAGUACCUGAUUUGUCGUUGUGUAAGUAG